CCGACUGUGCGCUGGGGCCAGUGCAGCUUCUAGCGACCCAGGGGCCAGCCGCGGGAGGAGCGAGAGAGCGAGCUAUGCGGUCGCCGCCGCCGCUUCCUGAUUGGCUGCUGCUGGCGUCGCGGACCCUCUGAUUGGCAGCCGACGAGCCGGACCCAUGUUGUGCAAAGGCGUGAAGCGUAAGCGCGAGGAGGAAGAGGAGCAAGAGCCGGCCGCGCAGGACUGGUGGCUGGAAGAGGCCAGCUCUAGCCUGAGCCCUGAGGAGGAGGCCAGCCCAGCACCCCUGCCCCCCAGCUCUCUCUUCAAUCUCUCUAUAUUCAAACUCCACCAUGGGCUCCGGAGGGGCGAGCCAGACCUCCGCCACCUUGUCCUGGUGGUCAACACCUUGAGGCGCAUUCAGUCCUCCAUGGCCCUGGAGCCCCCUGCCCCAGAACCCCCUUCUCCAGCUCCUGUCAGCCCUCUCCCGGUGGUCCCGGAUGCCCCCAUGUGCACAUCGGUCUCGGCCCUCCUGGACGACCUGAGUCACAUCGAGGGGCUCAGCGACACUCAGACGGCCUUCCCCGAAGACGCCCCCCUGAGCCGGCCCCCUGAGCCAGGCCCGGAUCCUGGCCGACCAGCCCCUCUGGGGUCCUUGGAGAUCCUCCUGGAGGAUGGCUUGGAGGGUCUUUUUGAUGAUAUUGACACCUCCAUGUACGACUGUGAACUCUGGCCCAACCUUAAAACAGACUCUGGGGAAACUGAGGACAAGACACAGGGGCCAGGGCUGGACGUGUCUGAACUGGAUUACCUCAUGGAUGUGCUUGUGGGCACACAGACUUUGUAGGGGGACCAGAAAAUGGUUUCCUGCUUGCCCCCGAGAGGCCUGAAAUGGACCAGGGGUCGUGGGGCUGCUGGGAAUUGUGGGGUGGGGAGCGUGAACGGUUUUUAAGAUGAAAACAAUUAAUAUAUGAAGCAAUGUGUCUGUC